GCGCUUGCGACGGAAAGCUGCGCCCGCCUGCCGGAGCCAUCCCCGCAGCAACUCGCGGGCGCCGCGCGGCGCCGCGGCAAGACGCUGCUUUGCAACGCUCCGGCGCUGAAAGCACUCGCCGCGGCCAUCGCACAGGCGGUCUCGGAGCCCAACGAGCGGGACGCAGCCACCGCGGCGCGGGGAUUCGGCACCGCGCGGGCGGACGGGAAGCCGCUGAUGGCGGCAGCGGCGAAACAGGCCAUCGUGCUGAGUGGAGAGUUGAGCACACAGGGCACCGCCAACUUGGCGCGGCCCUCCGCGGCCCCGGAGCUGCCGAGGACGGCGGCGUCCGCGGCGCCCGCGGCGGCGGCGGCCAAGCGCCUGGCGGAGUUUGAGGCGCAGCAGCCGGCGAACAGGUCCCGGGCUCCCACAAAGGCGGCGCUCCGUGGCCUGGCGCCGUCGAGGGCUCUGACGGAUCAGGCGCUGAAGCGUUUGCCGGAGCUCCACUCGGAGGAGCCGGCCAUCGCCGCGUGA